UUCAGGCUACUGAGUCAGAGACCUGACCAAUUUUAUCCACCUACUUCUCUACCCUCUCUCUUUUAUCUUUCUGUGUAGAAUGGCUAUAGAGGCGGAGCGUCUGCUGUUUAUGUACUGUCCGGGGAUUCGUUUCCUCUGGAACUGAUUGAUUUUGAUAGUUCCAUUUAUUCUGGCAACAGGCAGACAGCGGGCGACGACACGCACGCUAACACUUGGGAUUUUUGUAUGUUUACAGAGAAAACUCGCUCCCGGGCUGUGACUGUAGAUCGGAGCAGCCUCUGGUUAAAGUCAGGCCAAAAAAAAAACCACAUUAUAUAAAACCAUCGGGUGCAGACCAGACUGAUCGGGAAAACAAGUGCACGCAGCUAGCUGGCUGGCAGCGAAAGGGGAGAGGGAAUGGACGGCGAGGCGACAGAGCUGAAGCAGACGGUGGAGAUGGGCGAAGUGGGUGAGCUGCAGCCCGAGGACAGCGCCCCCGAGUUAUCACCACAGGCGGCCUCCGCUCCGGGAGCACAGUCCGGCUCCCCUGUGCCUGAAGGCGGCUUCGGCUGGAUCGUGGUUUUCGCCACCACCUGGUGCAACGGCUCCAUUUUCGGCAUCCAGAACUCGUUCGGCAUUCUCUACGUGAUGCUCCUGAAUGAGUUGGAGGCUCUUAGCGACUCGAGCAUCCAGUUUAAAACUGCAUGGGUAGGUGCAGUCUCAAUGGGAAUGAUUUUCUUUUGUUCUCCGGUAGUCAGUAUUUUCACUGACUGGUUUGGAUGCAGGAAGACGGCAAUGGGUGGUGCAGCGACGGCUUUUAUUGGACUGCUUUCCAGCUCCUUCACAAAGUCCCUGGAACUGAGAUAUUUCACCUAUGGAAUUCUCUUUGGAUGUGGAUCAUCUUUUGCUUUCCAGCCUUCAUUAGUCAUCCUUGGCCAUUACUUUAGAAGUCGGUUAGGCCUUGCAAAUGGUGUGAUGACAGCUGGUAGCAGUCUGUUUUCUGUCACUAUGCCUUUUCUCUUAAAGAAGAUUGGCGACACACUGGGUCUAGCUCAUACACUGCAGAUCCUCAGUGUACUCAUGUUCAUACAGAUAUUUUUAUCCUUGACGUAUAAACCUCUAUUACCUUUGCCCUCUGCUGGAGAAAGAAGUAAGCCUGACAAAACAGAAGAACUGAAGUGCGUUCACCGAUUUAAGAAAUACCUAAAUCUGAGAGUGUUCAGGAAGGUAACGUACAGGAUUUGGGCCUUUGGGAUCGCCACUGCAGUCUUGGGCUACUUUGUUCCAUAUGUUCACUUGGUGAAUUUUGUGAAAAAGGAGUUCAAUGAAACUGAUAGAAAUUGGAUCCUGCUAGUCUGCAUUGGAGCCUCAUCAGGUAUCGCACGUCUGACCUUUGGGAAGAUUGGUGACUGUAUCCCUGGACCUAAGAAGAUCUUCCUGCAGGUGGCAUCCUUUUGGAUAUUGGGGAUUAUGUCCAUGAUGAUACCACUGUGCAAAGGUUUUGAACAUGUACUUAUUGUCUGUAUUUUCCUGGGAUUCUGUGAUGGCUGUUUCAUCACCAUAAUGGCACCUAUUGCCUUUGAGCUUGUUGGACCUCAAGAUGCAUCACAAGCCAUUGGCUUCCUUCUGGGACUUAUGGCUAUUCCCAUGACUGCAGGACCACCCAUUGCAGGAAUUCUCUAUGAUCACUUUCACAACUAUCGAAUGGCCUUUUACUUAGCUGGAAUUCCGCCGAUUAUUGGAGGAUCAGUCUUGUUCUUUAUCCCUAUAAUCCACAACCGAAUUCGCAAGAGGCAAGAGAAAGAAGAGCCCGGCACUGACAGGAUGUUGUUAGCUUCUGAAAACGUAUUCAACGGGGACAUGCUUCCCAGCAACUCAAAUGUAGAAGUGUCUGCAUAGACAAUGUUGCCAUGCUGUUCUCUCCUACAUUCCAGGAUGGAUCCUUACCAGCACAAACAGUGAUAGAGGCCUACAGCACAGAAACAGACCCCUUGGUCCAACCACUCCAUGCUCACCGUAAUCUCAAACUAAACUACUCCCACCUGUCUGUGCUUGGCUCAUGAUCUCCAAACAUUUUCUAUUCCUGGACUUAUCCAAAUGUCUUUUAAAAGUUCUAUCUGUACCUGCAUCCACCACUUCCUCUGAAAAUUCAUUCCAUACACAAUUUACACUGUGUAAAAAAAAAAGUUCCUCAUAUCCUUUUAAAAUCUUACUCCUCUCACCUUAGUCUUGAAAUCCUCCACCCUAGGGAAAAAAAAGACUUUCUAUUCACCUUAUCUAUACAUAUGAUUUUAUACACCUCUCAACCUCUUAUACUCCAUUUUUAAAAAAAGUCCCAAUCUGUCCAGCCUCUCCUUAUAACUCAAAUCCUUCAUUCCCAGCGACAUUCUGGUAAACCGUUUCUGAACCUUCUCCAGUUUAAUAGUAUCCUUCCUAAAGCAGGGUGACCAGAAUUGGAAACAGUACCCUAGAAGAGCCUCACCACCUCAACGUGAUAUUCCAUCUCCUUUACUCAAAGGUAUGAGCAAUGAAGGCAAGUGUGUUAAAUGCCUUCUUAACCACCCUGUCUACAUGUGAUACAAACUUCAAAGAAUUAUGUACCUGAACCCCUAGGUCUCUCUGUUCUACAAUACUGCUCAGGGCCUUACUUUUAAUUGUAUAAGUAUGGCCUGUGUUUGUUUUACCAAAAUUCAUUUAUUUGUGUUUAUUCAAAUUAAACUCCAUUUGCCACUCCUUAGUCCAUUGAUCCAGUUGAUCAAGAGCUCUUUGCAACCUUGUCCACCAUUCCACCAAUCUUGGUGUCAUCCACAAACCUACAACCAUGCCUUCUAUAUUCUCUUGUAAAUCAUUUGUAUACAUGACAAACAAAAGUGAACCUCGCACCAAUCCCUCUGGAACACCGCCAUUAACAGGUCUCCAAUCUGUAAAACAACAUUCCACCACCACUCUGUCUCCUGCCGUCAAGCCAGUCUUGUGUCCAGUGGCAAGCUCUCCCUCAAUUCUGUGUGAUCUGACUUUACUAAUUAAUCUACCAUGUGGAACCCUUUCAAAGGCUUUACUAAAUUCCAAGUAAACAACAUCUACCACUCUGCCCUCAUCAAUUUUCUUAGUUACUUCCUCAAAAACCUCAUUUGAAUGCUUUAAAACAACUUUUUUGCACAUAUGUAACAUUACAAUGAGUUCUUAGAAUAAGAUAAUGUGCUAGAUUUUGAAGUAACUCCACAUAGUCUGGAUUCCCAUCACCAAGUCACCCUUUAUUUACACACACACACACACACACACACACACACACACACACACUCUCUCUCUCAUCCAGCCUCCACCAAGCCAGCUCUCCAAAUGAAUAGAACCGCUGACACCCCUAUUUAUUUUUUAAAUUUUUUUUCCCCCACACUACCGUCUAACUGCGGUAGUGCUUAUUUUUUCCCCCAGCACCCAUGUUGUGUGUGUGCAGGUGUGAGACACAGUGAAAGACACAAGGUGCACGAAUCUUUAUUCAGUUUCCAUCACCAGGAAGAAAGGAAACACCUGAGUGGCCAGUGACAAGCAGUGCCCUUCACAUCAAAGGGCAAUUCUGUGUGAACAAACAGUGAAGGGGAGGGCAGGGAUUAAAUUAGAAUAGAGUUGGAUGGGGAAAUAAUGCACUCCACUCCCUGCGGCGCCCACCUCUCCCUGAACAACUCCAGGGUGUUGGUGGACACUGCGUGCUCCUUUUCCAGAGACACCCGAGCUCUAACGUAACUGCAGAAGAAGGGCAGGCAGUCGGACCUAACGACCCCCUCCACGGCCCGCUGCCUGGACCUGUUUAUGGCCAGUUUGGCCAGGCCUAGGAGCAGACCCACGAGGAAUCUUCAGCCCUGCCCUCCCUCCUCCGUACCGGGUGGCACCCCUGUUUAUUUUUUAUUUUUUUUCUCUCAUUUUUUAAAUAAAAAAAUCACAAGGUGAGUCUCAUCAACUAUCAGCGUGUGACAGAGGUGGAGUAGUGCAAGCUGUAGAUAGAUAUAAGCAGAGCUUCGGAGUAUGGUGAUGAAGAAAAACAAAAACCACACUUAGUAACCACUCUUCACAAAUGGCUCAAAUUAUUUCAUGGAGCUAUUGCGAUGGAAACAGUGUACUGGGCAACAUAUUCUUGAGAUAUUUGGAUGGAUUAUUUAUAACUACCAUUCUUAGAAUAAUUGAUACUGGGAUAUACAUUAAUUUAAGAAAAUUCCUGUUACAAAAUAUCACUAAUGGCAUACUC